AUGGCUGCACUUGCAGGGCUGCUUUGCAGUCCUGCCAGCACAUCCUCUUUCGCUGCUUACAACCCUACGGCGUUUGGCUUCAGCUGGGACCCUUCGGGGUAUGACGCUUCAGUCUUAGACGAGCUUCCUGAUGAGCCGGUCUGUGAGUGGGCUGACUUUUUGGACCAUGAGUUGUUGAGUGCCCUUAAGGGGUGCUCUAACUCCUCUGCACCAGGACUGGACCAUGUUACAUGGGUCCACCUAAAGGAGUUGCUCGAGGAUAGACAUGUCCUUGUGCUCUUCAUCGUGUUGGCCAACGCUUGCCUUCGGGUGGGUCAUUGGCUGUGUAUAUUCAAGGAGUUGCUGUUGGUUAUCGUCCCGAAACCAAACAAGCCCUCCUAUGCAGUCCCAAAGGCUUUUAGGCCGAUCAUACUCCUCAUCACUUUCGGUAAACUUAUCGAAAAGAUGAUUGCCAAUAGGAUACAGUUUGACGCUGUCAAGCAUGAUAUCUUCCAUCCUAACCAACUUGGUGGCAUUUGCCAAAGGUCGACUGAGGAUGCUGGGUUGAUUCUGACUCAUCUCUUCUUCCCUUCUAUCAACCAUGAGAUGUUCAUGGCUUGGGUCGGUCCACAGCUUACUGUUGGAACACCUUCCAAUCCGACUCGCGGGCUUUUCAUUGCUCCAGUGAUGAAGCUCUUCUACAUCAAGGCGGCACCGCUCAACAUGACGUUACUCUCCUUUGUGGAUGACGGGACCAUUCUGGCCCAGUCCAAACAACUCAAUGAUAAUAAUGUGGGCCUACGUAAGGCCUACAAAAUUAUCUACCUUCUUUUUGUUGCCUUCGCACUCGUUCUUGAACAUGACAAGACCGAGUUGUUCCACUGUUCGCGUCUACGAGACACCUACAAUCCCUCGCUGGAUCUGGGGUACGCCCCGCAUACUGGCAUUACACCUUUGAAGCCCAAGACCUAUUGGAGGUACCUGGGCUUCUACUUUGACCGCGGGCUCACGUUCCAUGAGCACGUUCGCUACUAUGCCACCAAGGUGUUCACUACCAUGCAGGCCAUGCGCAUGCUCGGAAACUCUACCAGAGGACUUUCGCUUAAGCAGCGACGCCUCCUCUAUAGAUCAUGUGUGGUCCCCAUUGCCACAUACGGUUAUCAACUCUGGUACUUCAAUGGCGCCCGUAACAAGGGGGCCAUGAACCAGCUCAAAUGGAUGCAGCGAAAAGCUGCUCUUUGGAUUACAGGUGCAUUCCGCACCUCACCCACAGGCGGUCUUGAGGCCUUGGCAGGUCUCAUCCCCGUCCAUCUUAUGCUGAAGAAGUUGGCCACAUGUGCAGUGUACUGUGUUGCCACCCUCUCAGACACUCACCCUCUUUGCUCCAUGAUGGGCGAGAGACUCCUUAAGCGGGCCAAACCACAUGCCCGCUCAGCUGCCUUGAUGACCCCAGCCAUGCGAGGGAAAGUCAAGAGCACCAUCAUGGAGGUGGACGAGCGUGUUCACACCUUAACUGAGAGUUUCGAGCCCUUUGCGCCCGAAGCUCACCCAGGCGAUCGGUUGCUGGACUGCUAUGCAGACCGUUUCCAUUUCGAUGAGCGCAAUCCCACUCAGGAUAGGUGCCCAUACUUAGACAAGCUCAUCGCUAAUGCGAGGGCCGACCCUCUAACAGUACUGGCUGUGACUGAUGGCUCUGUCCCUCAGUCCAACCAGUAUCAGGCGGCUUUGGCUGCCAUCAUCUACAAGGGACAUUGCGAGCUCGAAAGGACUUGCUAUGUCUCUGGCAGAGUCACCGCCCCUGAUGCAGAACUCAAUGCCAUUGCGUGUGCAGUGUGCCUUGCUGUCAAGCAGGCAAACUGCCAACAUAUCAUGGUCUUUACUGACUCUAUGGGCUCAGCCCACAGAGCAGUGGACCCAUCUGUGCACUCUGGUCAGGCUUUUAGUCUGUCAGUCUGUCACACUCUCCAAGUGUGGUUUGAGGCGGAUGAUCUCCGCUGCAUCACCUUUGUCUACAUUCCAUCUGCUCUGCGGUGGGACAUCCAUGGUGAAGCACAUAAGUAUGUCACUGAACUCAAAGUCAGGGUUGGACGUUGCAAGACGGACAAUUCUAUAGACAUGCUUCGCUCUCAAGCUGCGCACUCAAGUCUGGAUGCAUGGGGCUCCAUGUUCCAGGAUUGUACAUACUGA